AGCCGGUGCGCAGGGCCGAGGGUUUGUCCGUGCUGCGCCCCCGGAAAGAAGAUGAACGGGACGCGGAACUGGUGUACCCUGGUGGACGUGUACCCGGAGGGGCAGACCGCGGGCAGCGCAGACAUUCUCAGGCUGACUCUGCAGAGCGAGCUGACCGGAGAGGAACUUGAACACAUAGCCCAGAAGACGGUCAGGAAGACCUACACCAUGGUGUCCGGCCGGUCAGCUGGUCAGUCUCUGGCCUCAGAACUGGUGGAGUCCAAUGACGGACAUGAGGAGAUCAUUAAGGUGUACUUGAAGGGGAGGUCUGGAGACAAGAUGAUCCAUGAGAAGAAUAUCAACCAGCUGAAGAGUGAGGUCCACUACAUCCAGGAGGCCAGGAACUGCCUGCAGAAGCUCCGAGAAGAUAUAAGUAGCAAGCUUGACAGAGAUCCAGGAGAUUCUUUCCAACAGGAGAUACAGGUGGUGCUGGAAAAGCCAGAUGGCUUUGGCGAAAGUCCCCCGGGCGCGUGCAGCAGCCCAGCUGCGGUGGGCAGCUAUAUGAGCGAAGACAUCGAGAGCUUGAGGAAGACCAUGCGGGACCUGCUCGCCAAGCUGCAGGAGGUUGAGAGGCAGCACCAGUCAGACCGGGUGGCUUUCGAGGUCACGCUCAGCCGGUACCAGAGAGAAGCUGAAGAGAGUAACGUGGCCCUUCAGAAAGAAGAGGACAAAGUAGAACAGAAAAAGGCGGAGAUCGCAGACCUGCAGAGGCGCUUGUCAGAGAUGGAGACGGAGCAUCAGACCUUACUGGCGAAGGUCCGGGAAGGGGAGAUGGCCCUGGAGGAAGUCCGCAGCCAGAGCGCUGCCUGCCAGGCAGAACGGGAAAAGGCUGCCAGCCUGGAAAAGGAGGUGGCCGGGCUGCGGGAGAAGAUCCACCACCUGGACGACAUGCUAAAGAGUCAGCAGCGGAAAGUUCGGCAGAUGAUAGAGCAGCUCCAGAAUUCAAAAGCUGUGAUCCAGUCAAAGGACACGACCAUUCAGGAGCUCAAGGAGAAAGUCGCCUAUCUGGAGGCUGAGAAUUUAGAGAUGCAUGAGCGGAUGGAACACCUGAUAGAGAAGCAGAUCAGUCACAGCAACUUCAGCACCCAGACCCAGGCGAAGACAGAGAGCCCGGGCAGGAUAGCCGAGCCCCCCAGCCCGAAGCCCGCGGCCCUCAUCCGGGUGGUGGAAGCAUGAACUGGCCGCAGACAGGUGCCGGCUGUUGCUGCCGCCUCUCGCCUGGGGGGAGCCCACACCCC